CAAAGUCCGUUACAUCGGAUUUGUUGACAACUUUUUCAAGAGGCGGUAACAUCGUUAAUACAAGGAACGUUCAAAAGACUCAAGAGUAGCAGUGAGAUUCAUUUCGCAUAUGGCCUCCCUUAUGUUAAGGAUAAGCUUAUAACGCCAAAAGUAAGCUACAUGACCCCCUGAACUUGUCAUUGACAAUUAAGACCCCCACCUCUCAGAAAAAUCAAGAUUGCCUCUGUGAUCAAAAUGAAGAUCAUGGUGAUAGGGGCCACCGGCCCAACCGGACUUUUAAUCAUUUCUGAAGCUCUUGCUCGAGGCUAUGAUGUGACAGCACUGGUUAGGAGUCCGGAAAAGAUGACCAUGAUGCAUCCAAAAUUAAAAGUUGUUCAGGCUGACAUACUCAAGUCCGAAGACGUCGCUGAGAAUCUAAAAGGCUGUGAUGCAGUGCUGUCAGCAGUAGGAAGUCGUGCUGGCAUGAUGUCCCACUGCGAUGUUUACUCCAAAAGCGGCGAGGCGGUGGUCAAUGCAAUGAGGCAAGCAGGAGUCAAGAGGUUUAUUGCCAUCACAUCUUGGGCAACUAGAGAUUCCUCGGACGUGCCUUUCAUUUGGAGAUGGGUUGUGAAACCAGUAUUGCUAUUUUUUAUGAAAAAUGUUUUGAAUGAUAUGAGGAUGUUGGAAGAUUACUUACAGAAGGAGUGCAGUGACAUUGACUACACGGUGGUCAAACCUCCAAGUUUGACCAACAACACUUCUAAAGGUAACAAAAUCAUUGCCAAAGAAGGUCAAUACAUUUCCAGUGGACAAAGUGCAAUCUCUAGACAGGAUGUCGCCAAGUUCAUGUUAGAUCACAUCACUCACCAAGGUUCUUUCCAGAAAUUAAUCUCUAUUGCAAUAUCCAAUGAGAAGAACUGAAACAGAAAUACGAAAUGUCAUCGCAAAGUGCCAACUUUGUCACGUGCUUUAUUUCUACCUAAGUUAUAAAUAUGUUUUUUAAUCAUGACACUAAAUUUCGUUGGGAAGAUGAGUGAUUCAUGAGUGAUUCAUGAGUGAUUCAAAUGAACAAGCAAUAUAAAAGAAGUUGUUUUUAAAGACAAUUCCUCCUUUAUGAAGCUGAUGACUUUUCGUAAGAGUGAUUAGUUAAGCUUAACUAAUGAAGUCACCUUCACCUAUCCCUUAGUCUGUUGGACCGUUGGGGCACCAUACAAGUACUGUCAACCGUCUUUCUCCAUUCCUCUGUGUCCAUUCUUUGAUAUUGUCUUCACAUCGCGUUCUCUGUCUUCUUUUUCUUCUUUUUCCUGGUUCUGCUCCAUGAAGGAAGGUCUGUGCGAGCCCUGAGGACCUUGUGAUGUGGCCAUAGAGUUUAAGUUUAAGUUUUCUACAGUGUUUAGCAGGUCAUCGUGGGGUCUAAUUGCUGUAUUAAUCCUGUUUCCUAUCUCUUCAUUCUUGAUGCGGUCUUUGUAAGUGACACCUACGAUCUUUUUGUAGCAUCUUGGUCCCAAUGCUUGGAUCCGCUUACCAAAUGAGAUCAUGACCGUAAAUAAAACUAAAGAAUUAUAGAUUUAAAAAAAAAGGUAUAUUUUUAACCCCACAGCUAUUUCCCCUCCCCGCGAUAAAAAACAAAUCCUGGUGAAGCGAAUGUAUAAAUGUACUCAAAGUAUUUACAAAUCUAAUGCUAGGCCUAUAUAUAGAUCCAGACUUAGAAGGCGGUGUGCAGACUGUUUCCCAACGUCUAAUGAUUUAUUGAACUCUUUAAUGAAAACACGCGGAAUACCCACUGACCAAUCCUAUACUCUUAGGCGAGCAAUUCUGAUAUGUAUAUAUAUAAAUUUUAUUUCGAAAACGGCUCUAAUGAUUUUCUUUAAAACUUCAAGGUUAUGUAUGUAAAGGAGAAAAAAAUUCUAAACUCAUUGGCCACAAGGGGAAAACUCGAGGUCGACCGUUAUAUCGGUUUGAAAAUAUUUCAUUAAGGAAAAAUUAAUUUUGGCUAGAAUGUUUUAUGAAUGAAAAUUUUCCAUGACGCCAAACAGGGAAAACACCGCUUACGUCACUAGGCUUAUAUCAGUAAAUUAAUAUAUGUCUUUGCCAACAUGAACAACUUUUAAUGAAUCAGUCGGGCUAAUUAAACAUUUGCGCAUCAUCUUACUGUUGAUUGAUAUAUUAUGGAACCAUGGAAGAGAAAUCAUGGAAUUACAUUUGAUUAAUUAUUGUAUUUUUUGGGUGCUUUAUACAUUGUUCACACGUUCCGUGGAGAUAUGUAGGUAGGUUUUACUUUGUUGUUAUUGAACUGGUGAAUUAUUACAAUAUGUUUAAUCUUCGAAGUCUACUGACCCAUACCGAAACAAAGGAAAUGGUCAUAACACAGCUUCUCACACUGACAUGAUCUCCAGCUCGCGGUCAACGUUGUGCCUCUUUUGGUUUAACCAUAACCUCGGAAAAACGGAAGUCAUGUUCCGGAAUUCACCCAAUAAAAUCAACUCAGCCCCAAAGAUCAUCGUGAAUGGACACGCGUGGUAGACAACUUCACAAAUCUGGAAAGCAUAGUUUCAUAUGACACAUUGCUUUUAAGGGAGGUUGAUAAGCGUCUGAUCAGGGCCAGUAGUACUUUUGGACGCCUCCAAGCAAGAGUUAGGCGAAAUAAAUUGUUACGCCUGACUACAAGAUCAGUGUCUACCAAGCAGUGGUUCUCUUUACUUCUCUAUGUGGAUCUGAGACAUGGGUACUUGAUAGAAAGCAACUAAGACUUCUUGAACGCUUUCACCAAAGAUGUUUGCACACCAUCGUGGACAUACUGUGGCAAGACCGCGAUGUUUUAGCGAACGCCGGUAUGAACUUCCCAACAGUCACGCUGGGAAGAGUACGUAUACUGUAUGGAGCUCUAACAUCUGCCAAAGGCUUUUUAGUGAGCUUAAAGGUGUUCGACACAUAACAGAGGUGCUCCAUGGGAAACGCAAUGCUUUUAAGUCUAUAAGGAAAAAAUCCCCCAUUUAAGUUGUUACGAAGUGUAUGUUUGACCCAAUAUCGUAGAGAUGUUGCAUCACUUGAUGUUUCGUACUAAAGCCAUAAUUAAUAUACUAAUUGCAAUAUUAAAUGUCUGAACGUAACCAUUUGAGAAGUUUCACUGCAAAGACCUUCUUCCAAGCCAAUAACAGGUCAAUAGUUUUACGCAAAAUGAUUAUACGACACGACGUGAGCUGUGGUAUUUCUACACUGUUGUAGGACUUAAGAGACUAUCUAUUCUAAUCGCCAUGUACAAUGACAUGUAGGGUCAAAACUAAGAGAAAACAAGAGCAGCUCUUCAGAUUGGUUCUUUAUCCGAUCGUUCAUUUUCGUACUUACAAAAAUAUUUCCAAAAUGACUUAGGGUAUUUACCCUCCUUAUGAAAGUAUUCAACCAAGUGAAGCUCGGUCACCUGGUACUGUCUGUUUAAGAUAAUGAUUGUGCAGACCAAAUUUAAUUUUAAAAGAUAGUAUUUCAAAAAAUUAUAACGUUCAAGCUAGAGUUUUCCCAUUGUGACCAAUUAACUAGUAAAUCUUUUCCCAAAGGUAUACAACAACUGUUAAAUGUCUAGGAAAAUUAUUAGAACUGUUUUUGAGAUCCGUGUCCAGAUUCCAGUUUCCUUGAGGAGUUAGCGAGCUGAAUAGAGGAAUUGUAACAAUAAAAUCGUACACAACCUUUUAUAAAUUUGUUUACGAACAAACACAAACAAAAAGUUACAUAACUUAAUUUGAAUUUCCCGCUUGUAUUAAAUAUAUAGAUCAGAAGUAUAUUGUAUUGCGGACUAUAGGCCUAUAGAUAUUUAUAGUAUUGUAGAAUUUAUUUCUAGAUUAGUUUAUUUAUUACAGGAUAAUUAAUAUAGUAAUUUUACUGUAUAUUUGAAGCAAUGUGGAAAGUAUUGUAAAUACCUUGGAUCAAUAAAGUUUUUUCUG